CUCUCCUCGUCCAUUGACCCCUCGCGUCUCCCUCGCCGCCCUCCUCCUCUCCCCCCCAUCUCCACCGCAGCUCCAGCCUCCGCAGACACACAAGCCAUGUCCGACUACGAGUUCUCAGACGACGACAACGAAUACUACGACGAGGACGAAGAGAUGAUCGACCCAGAGGAUGCGUCUGCAUCGUCCGAAGACGACAUGGACAUGGACAACUUCCAGGACGACAUCAAGAUCAUCGCUAACAAAGGCAAGAAGAAGUCCUACGAGGUCGACUAUGACGAUCUCACACAGGCCAUGGUCGAGGACCUCAUCAAGGCUGAUGUCGACCACAUCAGCUCCAUCUUUGGUGUCGACAACGAUGCCGCGGCGCUGCUUCUGCGCCACCUCGACUGGAACAAGGACAGGCUGAUCGACAAAUUUCUAGACAAUUCAUUGGCCAUCUCCGUAGCGGCGGGCAUCUCUCCAGCCCCUCCUCCAUCUCCGCCGUCGACGCCCGCGCCAGUCUUCACUCGUCCCUUCACGCGCUCGUCCGCAGUGCGCGACCCCACCCCGCCUGUCGACCCGCGAAUCUGCACCAUCUGCUUCGACGACUCGCAGACCAAGACGCUCGCGCUCGUGUGCGGGCACACGUUCUGCACGGACUGCUGGUCCGCGUACGUCACGAGCAAGAUUCGCGAGGAGGGCGAGUACCGCAUCGUGUGCAUGGCCGAGGACUGCGGGGUCGUCUGCACCGACACCUUCGUGCGCGCCGCGCUCGACGCCGACGUCGACACCAUGGCGCGCUUCCACGAGCUCCUGGUGCGCGGCUACGUCGCCAGCAACCCGAACCUCAAGUUCUGUCCGUACCCCUCGUGCUCGCACACCGUGUCCUGCCCCUCUGCGGCCUCGCGCUCCUCGCUCGCCGCGAUCGUGCCCACGGUCGUGUGCGGCGCCGACUCGAAGCACCUGUUCUGCUUCGGCUGCGCGGUCGAGGGCGACCACAGGCCGGUCCUGUGCUCGGUAGCCAAGAUGUGGCUGCAGAAGUGCCACGACGACAGCGAGACGGCCAACUGGAUCAAGAGCAACACGAAGGAGUGCAGCAAAUGCCAGAGCACGAUCGAGAAGAACGGCGGGUGCAAUCACAUGACGUGCAAGAAGUGCAAGUACGAGUUCUGCUGGGUGUGCAUGGGUCCGUGGGUCGACCACGGCACGGCGUGGUACUCUUGCAACCGAUACGACGAGAAGGCGGGCGUCGAAGCCCGCGACGCGCAAUCGCGCAGCCGGGCCUCCCUCGAGCGCUACCUGCACUACUACAACCGCUGGGCGAACCACGAGCAGUCCGCGAAGCUGUCGGUCGAGCUGUACGUGAAGACGGAGAAGAAGAUGGAGGAGAUGCAGGUGACGACGGACCUGACGUGGAUCGAGGUGCAGUUUAUGAAGAAGGCCGUCGACGAGGUGGAAAAGUGCCGCACGACGCUCAAGUGGACGUACGCGAUGGCGUACUACCUCGACAAGGGCAACCACAAGGAGCUCUUCGAGGACAACCAGAGGGACCUGGAACGGGCGGUGGAGGACCUGUCGGAGCUGCUCGAGUCGCCGAUCGAGGCGGAGACGAUCCCGACGCUGCGGCAGAAGGUGACGGACAAGACGGUGUACGUGCAGAAGCGGAACGAGAUCGUGCUCGAGGACACGGCGGCUGGGUACCAGGAGGGGCGCUGGGCCUGGAACGUCGAAGUAGAGGGCUUCGAGUGAGCGCACGCGCGGGCGGUCAUUGCUAGAUAUCUGCCUCUGCCAUCCGAGCCACGAACGCUGCUCUCGCAGGCCACGACACCACGACGCAUCCAUCUCCUCGCAUCCACAGGCGGUCUCACGGGGCGGUCUCGCCUCACUCGAUUUGUGCACUAGCUUUUUUACAUUUUCUGGUUUUUUCUUUCUCUUUCCCACUACCCGUGUGCUGUCUGCUGCUGUCUCGUCCGUGUAGUCACGAAUUGUGCAUCGUUGUGUUUAUAGUCUGUCCCACCGUACACUGAUACAGAAUGGAAUGUUGGAGCACGUAA